UUUCUGUUAAUGACUGAAUUUUCUGAAAAAACGUUGAUCGAAAGAAAAGACAAAAAUUUGUUCUAAUGCGGCCAUUCGAUCGACAGCUAUAUAAAUGAAUUUCCUUUUUAAUUCAGAAGAAUCCGCAGAAAAUUGUAAACGUUUUCUGGAGCCAGACUUUCUGUUGUUAAAUCUCAUUAAAGAACCGCUUGAUGAUUCGUUGUUUUCUACAUCCACACUAUUGCUAGUCUCACCAGUCUUGAUUAUAACGCUAUAAUAUGCAUUUCUUUAAAACCAAUUCACAAGUACUUGAUUCUGCGGCAACGCGUUUGCAUCGUGCGUUGAGCGUUAUUCACUCAUAUGCCAAAUUAUGGUUCGAUUGUACGUGAAAAAUGCUAGUCGAAGUCGUCUACAACUGCCGUCUUUUGCUCCCACUCGAACAGCUUUUUUUUUAUUUUCUUUUUAAGAAGACAUUUUGCAGCUUUUUUAUUACACUCAUGUGAAAAUCUUUAUGGUUUUACCUUUACUUUGGACUUUUUCCUCAUUUUCUUCCCAGAAAGAAGUCUAUUAUCUCGUAUUUCGCCUCUCUAACGGAACAUCUGCUAUAAAACAGCUGAGUUGAGUAUGAUAGAAAAAAAAAAAAAAAAUUAUUUAAUUUAGAGAAGAAAUUUUUCAAUUAGUUUACCAGAGCGUUGCAUUUCCGCGGUGACUAACUCAGAAAUUAAUUAAAAAAAUUAAUUCAUGUGAAAUUAUAAAAAAUUACGAAUAAACCUGAGAAAGUGGACAAAGUUCAAAGUUUGGAUAAAAGAAUGAAAAUUUGAUUGCAAAAGCAUUAAACUAUUGAGGCGAGCAGGAAAUUAUUAAAAAAAAAAAAAACCCCAAAAACAAGAAAAGAGAAGGGAAGGAAGUCUUCAAUUAAAACAAAAUAAGUUUGCGUGAGAGUACAAGAGAUCUCAUUAAAACUGGAGUCGCAAAUUUGUGCAAUAUUUUUAAUGCGAGAAAACAGCGACUAUGUCGAAUCCGUCAGUGUUGACCAAUAAUAGCACUGCAGGUACGUCAGUGCCGACGAUUAGCCCUCAGGAAUCAGCUUUACAUUCGUUAUGUAAGCAUUUACUUAAAUCGCGAUUAUUUCGCGGCUUCUAUGAACAAAGACGUUACGUGGAGCAAGUGCGGACUUAUCGCGAUAUAGUCAGCUUGCAACAUACAGAGAAAGAUCUUAGAAAGCUUUUACGAGACAUUAGUCAAAAGCUACAGAUGUUCUAUUUAUCUCAAAACCAACGAAUGUGGAUAGGUGUCACGAAUAGUAACGCAAUAGGCGUUAGUCAAUAUCCUGGACAAACCUUGGAUAUUUAUAUUUGGGUGGAAUUGGAUGAGCUAGCUUUCGGUCAAUAUUGGUUUACUAUAAAAACGGUUAAGUUUCGUGAAAAUGAAGUUAUGCUAAAAUUGAAAAUGGUGCGUCCUGUUGAAUUCGAAAUAGCAGAAAAGCACGCCUCUUUCAGAAGAAACCUAUCGCAAUCAGUACAAUUAAUUGAUAAAUUUACUGUUAGAACGGAAUCGCAAGAUCCCUCCCUGGAUCCACUUCAAGUCUCGAAACCUGUUGAAUGGAAGGACUUUCGAUCGCUAUUUCGGCAAUGGGGAUUUGCUAUAAGAGGAAGCAUUUAUGAGUUUAUGGCUGAAGAUAUAAGCAAAAAAAAUAUAAAGAAUCUUCUGCGUUUUUUAAUUUUGCUAAUUUUAUCCCUAUUAUCGGGUCUUUUAAUGACAUUGAAAUUCAUUGGCAUUUUCAUAAUACGUUUCAUGUUGGAAAUAACUCGCUUAACUCAUGUACUAACACCAAUUGUAUUAAAAAUUAUCGAUGUUUUCAAUAAAAUUAUAGGAGGUUUUUUUAUAUUAUUGGCCAUGAUUUGGAAGGACGUCGUAGUGAAUCGCGGUCGACAGCAACCGCCCAAUGAGUUUCGGUAUCUACAGCUUAAUUCGGUGUACAAAAGCUUGACAUAUAAUACCGGAGAAAGGCGGCAAAAUCCCGGUAACAACGUUAACCGUAAUGAAUGACUGACAUUGAAAGGCAAAAAAGAUCUUGAAAUUUAAUUUAAUGAUCGACGGAAUCAUAGCUGAAAUAAUUUAUUUCAAAAUAAAAUAUUUA